CUCUCGUGUCCAAGUAAAAGGAAAACGAAAAGAGACAGAAAACAGAAAAGCGGCGGCGAUGGUGGUGGCGAGUCCGAACCCACGACGGGCCGAGAAGAUCCAGGCCCUCGAGCUCCCGGCGAUCGACCUCUCGCCGUCGGGGAGAUCCGCGGCGCCGCGGCUCAUCGUGGAGGCCUGCGAGAGGUACGGCUUCUUCAAGGCGGUCAACCACGGCGUCCCCGCCGAGAUCGUGUCGAGAAUGGACGAGGCGAGCGCCGGCUUCUUCGCGCGGCCCGCCUCCGAGAAGCGGCUCGCCGGGCCCGCCGACCCGUUCGGGUACGGGAGCAAGAGCAUCGGGUUCAACGGCGACGUCGGCGAGGUCGAGUACCUCCUCCUCGAGUCCGACCCCGCCUUCGUCUCCCGCAGGUCCGCCAGCAUCUCCGACGACCCCACCCGGUUCAGCGCUGCUGUGAAUGUUUACAUAGAAGCAGUCAAGGACCUGGCCUGUGACAUAUUGGAUCUUAUGGCCGAGGGCCUGGGGGUCCGGGACACGUCGGUUUUCAGCAGGCUCAUCAGGGCCGUCGACGGCGACUCGGUCUUCCGGAUCAACCACUACCCCCAGUGCGUGGUCCUUCACGGCGAGGUCGGGUUCGGGGAGCACUCCGACCCUCAAAUCCUGACCGUCCUCCGAUCCAACAAUGUGGGCGGCCUCCAGAUCUCACUCGAAGACGGGGUGUGGACCCCGGUGCCCCCAGACCCCGCAGCUUUCUGGAUCAAUGUGGGCGAUCUUUUGCAGGCCAUGACGAACGGGAGGUUCUCGAGCGUGCGGCAUAGGGCGGUAACCAACCCCUUCAGGUCCAGAACGUCGAUAGCGUUCUUCGGGGCGCCUCCGCUGGACGCGCGGAUCGCUCCCCAGCGGGAGCUCGUCACUCCUCGAAGGCCCCGUCUCUACAACCCCUUCACCUGGGCCGAGUACAAGAAAGCCGCCUACUCCCUCAGGCUCGGGGACAAGCGUCUCGACCUCUUCAAGGCCUGCAGAGAAGACGGCGGCAUCGAUCUGUGAGCAGAUGGAGGAGAUGGGUCGUCUCUUUUCUGCCCUUUUCUCUCUCUCUUGUUGCUGGGCCUGUCGUGAAGGGAAUUUUGGGUUUGCGUGUUCUGCUCCCCUUCCUCUGUUUUUAGCAGCAAAGAGAAGCUCUCCUAGUGUUGGUGUACUGUUGUAAUCAAUGGAAAGGUAUGUUAGGCGACGAUAUUAUGUUUUGGCUUUUAUCUAUCAAUCGACCCAUCGGUUGAUUUUAUCUAUCCUCGUAUUUGUAUCUAUUGCACUAGACAUAUUGAGAAAGCUUACGUACACUCGA